CCUUUUCCCGUCUUCAAAGCAGAUGACUCGAAACCGAUGGUUGCAAUGGCCCAAGAUCUGGGGUCCAGCAGAAGGCUUCAUGAACGCUUGCGUGCCUGCACGAAAGGCACAAGCGCUGCACUUGAGAGAUUUUCGAGCCCUUCUGCCACACCAAAAUUGCUGAAGUGUUUGGCGUCUGCAGUGGCAUGGUGUAAGCAAGGGCGCUGUGGUCCCUUGCGAGCGGUGCAACUACCAUGGGGCAGCCGCCACAGAGCUCCAUCAGCACUCCGAAGGAGCACGAGGGCAUUGUUGAGCGGUGUGCGAGGUAAAGCGCAUUUGCUCAAUGCGCUUACAAGGUAUCGUUAUCAGUCCGUGAUGCUGAGAGGAACAAGGAUGAGAACCCACGCCCACACAGGGAGAAUCCGCCUUUGUCAAUCUCGACCUGUGCUGGCAGUCCUACAUGUGGUUUCGCCACGAGAGCGCGGGGAUGGCCAGGUCCUGCAGUUGGCUUGCGCAAAGCUUCUGGUUGUGCUGGGGCCGCAUUCUGCAGUUGUUGAGGUUCGACGGCAAGUGCUUCGGCAUGUAAGAUGGAAAGAGCUAGCACGUGCAGAAGGACCAGGUUUGCGAUGGUCACAUGCAACAAGGCCCAGUGGAUGGUCGCUGCUUUGGCAUGGAACACAGCUUCCGGUGGGUGGCCCGGACGUGUUUUGUGUGAAUGGUUUGACGAUGCAACCCGUGAUGAGCAUCCAGUUCCACAAUCACCAUUGUGAAAGGUGCUGCAUUGGGCCAGGCCACAUUGCCCGCAAGUGGGCAGGCAGAGCGAUCGCCCACAAGACCUUCGCAAGUGGUGUCUCUCCCGGCCGGGCCGGAGAGUUCUUUCAGCUUCACGAGGAGGAACCAUGGGGCUGUCUUCUAUCAAAGGGCAAUGCAAGCUGCAUUUCACACAUUCGGCAGCUAUUGUCCUGUGAGAAAGUCCGUGCAAUUGACAUUGGCAGUGUGGAUUGGCUCACCAUGAGGGAGAACAUGUGGAAGGCCUUAGUGUUUGCUCGAGAAGGGUCUGGUGAAGGUUUCCGUCAAGGUCUGCACAGGCAGUUGGACAAGAUCGCCUUUGAAGCUGAGCAUGGAGACUUCACGUUGGACAUGGGGCGCGCAGACUGGAUCUCCAAGUUCCGCACGCUCUUUGCCCAACAUUUGCUCAGCCAUGAAGAGGUUCCUGGAUGCAUAGUUGGCCAUGUGACGCUUCAAUUGUUUAUGGUGUUCUUCGUUGACAGCCGUGGGCAUGGUGUUUUUCGCCAGGAAUUGGAAUCUGCUUCCAGUGCUGUGAAUCAAUCGCUGGAGGUGACACCGAUAUGCUUUUCCCACAUGACUGCACCGCAAUUGUGGAACCAGCCAAAUGUUCUCGCAACCCGCCUUUCACUCUUCAAGGCAAUACGGUGGAUGCAUCUAUUGGAGAGCGGGUGGCCAAUCUUCAAAAUAUUUUCCUUGGUAACGCAUGCUGCGUGCGUCAUGAAGAACCAGCAGGAUUGUUCACCACGCUGUACAAAGGAUCGAAUCAACUACCUCAUGCUUAUGGUAGAAAACAAGGUCAGUGAAGCAAGUGAGCAAUAUGGUAACCAUAUGGGACCGCAACAGUUGCAGGCUUUGGCAUUGGAGCUUUGGAGGCUUGGGCAUAAGCAAUGUGGCCCGCUUUCUGUCGCAAUUGGUGCUGCGAGCUGCGCUGUUGCCAUGGCCCGUUUGGCCCGCUGGCGCGAAACUCACCUCUACAUCACUUUGGCAGAGUUCCAUUUGCUUGACCUGAGCUAUCGCUUGGCUUGCGUUGACUCCAUGCUUUUGCAGAUGCCCCAGUUCUGGGAGAUUUUAGGCUACAUCGAGGAUGAGGUCCAGGCUUCUUUGCCCCAUGGUGUUGGGCAUCCUUGUCAUCUCUCGUUUUGCCCCGACGGCGGGAGCCCUGAUCCCAGCAGCUGUAGCUGUGGACACCUUUACCGCGAACCGACACAUGAACUGUCAGAUAAGAUUUGCAUCAUCUCCACGGACCCCGGGGAUGACAGGCCUUUGGAGACCAACCUUUCACGCUUGGUUGCAAAGGAACCCGAGCACCUGACCAACUUUUGGAGCAUCACUUACCACUUGAACAGGCUUUACGCCUUGCUCCACGGCUAUCGCUUUCGUCGGCCCCAGGUCAAUAACUGGGGCCUUCGCGAAAUGCUUUCGGAUGGUUUGUAUCCUCCCAGGAGAGUGCAAUGGGCUAUCGUGAGGUUGGUGCAGCAAGAGCUGGAAGACAGGAGUUGUGAGUAUGUGGCAUGGCUGGACAGCGAUGCCUACAUCGCUUCAUCGGAGCCUUUGGAGAUGGUCCUGGAGGAAUAUGGGUUGAUCAACAGGACUGGUGGGUUGUCCUCACGGCGACUUUUCUUUUUUGCGUCAGCUUUGGCACGGCAUCCUUUGCGAGAGGGGGACUUGAGCAGGCGAAGCACUGUGAACAUCUCUGACCAUUUCAUGAUUGUGCGGAACACGCCCGUGGCACGGCAGUUGAUGGCACAGUGGUUUCGAGCGCCUUUGGUUCGUUCGCAAAGUUUGGGGCGAUUUCGUGAACAUCUUUUCUUGGAACAAACUGUGAUGAACGAGUUUUUCCCCAAGUACCCGAUCUUGACUUCAAGACAACCUCCAGUGCAUCACUUUGAAGGAUUUGCAGCCUCGUUUGCCCGGCACAGCGGUGGAAUCAAAGACCAGGAGUUCGAGGUGUCC